UUUGACAAAGAGCUUUCUUAUCCUCAUUCACAUGCAUUUCCUCCCUUUGUCUCUCUCUCUCACCGUUGACUUUUUUGAUAAUCCCAAGAUGCUUCAGUUUACAUUGUCUUAUAUCAAAUGGCUGACCAAACCUCUGUCCAUUAUUUCUCUUCUUCCUCCACAACCAAUUAAACAAAACCAUCAAGCCGCAGCAGCCAUGAACACCUUCCAACCACCGCCACCGCCACCUCCGGGGAUGCCUGACUAUAACGGGCUCCUCGGUCCAGACAACAUAGGAGGAUUCAGAUACGGAAUCGGUGUCUCCAUAGGAGUGGUCCUCCUCAUCACCACCAUCACCCUCACCUCCUACUAUUGCACACGUAACCAGCUCUCUUCUUCACCUUCACGAACCAAUCAAGAUUCAACACGUAUCCAUCACCAUCACCACCAUGUCAUCAUCGACGUCGUACCCGGUCUUGACGAGGACACCAUUCAGAGCUACCCGAAGAUCCUCUACUCGGAAGCGAAAGGCUCGACGACCGCGUCGUGUUGUGCCAUUUGCUUAGGAGACUACAAGGGAAAACAUCUACUGCGGCAGCUUCCAGAUUGCAACCAUCUCUUCCACCUAAAAUGUAUUGACACUUGGCUUAGGCUCAAUCCCACGUGUCCUGUUUGUCGGACUUCGCCGCUUCCGACUCCUCUUUCCACUCCCCUCGCAGAGGUUGUCCCCUUAGCCUCCUCCGUCGCUGCCACAAGGAUGCUCUAAUUAUUUGUUUAUAUUAUAACCGAAGAAAUUCUUAAUACCGUAACCCUGACUAAUCUCCGGCUUAAUCUCGCUUUCAAUUCUUCAAUAGUUCCUUGUAAAGUUUUUUAAAUCUUUUUCUGGUUACUAACU